GAAAUUACUUUUCCGGUCGGAAGAAGUUGUCUAGCCUCAUAAAUACAGCCGUCCGAGCAUCCCUCCACACUUCACCCGGUGGGCCGAAACCUGAAGCAGCGAGGUCACUUCAGUGUGUGAGCAGGAGACCGAGCUAAAGCCUGUAAAAUAACCCUGUAAAGUAACCCUGUCCCGGCCUCUACAACUCUAUAAGCAGGUGUCGGUUAUCCGAACAGCUUACAUUAGCCUGUCAGCUAACAGUGUGUUCAAGAGGCAAGAUGAACGGCCAUCUGAACGGUUUCCAUAACAACUCGCUCAUUGAUGAAGACUGCUUCCUCUUCACCUCGGAGUCAGUCGGAGAGGGUCACCCCGAUAAGAUUUGUGACCAAAUCAGUGAUGCUGUGUUGGAUGCACACCUCACACAAGACCCUGAUGCCAAAGUAGCAUGUGAGACUGUUGCUAAGACGGGGAUGAUCCUGCUGGCGGGAGAGAUCACCUCUAGGGCCCACGUUGACUACCAGAAGGUUGUCAGGGACACGGUCAAACACAUAGGCUAUGAUGACUCCUCCAAAGGCUUUGACUAUAAGACCUGCAAUGUUCUGGUGGCUUUGGAGCAGCAGUCCCCUGACAUUGCUCAGGGUGUUCACCUGGAUCGGAAAGAGGAGGACGUAGGAGCCGGUGACCAGGGUCUGAUGUUUGGAUAUGCCACUGAUGAGACUGAGGAGUGUAUGCCCCUCACUAUUGUCCUGGCUCACAAGCUCAAUGCCAAGAUGGCUGAGUUACGUCGAAAUGGCACACUUCCGUGGCUCCGACCUGAUUCCAAAACUCAGGUGACCGUUCAGUACAAACAGGACCGAGGUGCCAUGGUGCCAUUGCGUGUCCACACCGUUGUGGUCUCUGUGCAGCACGAUGAGUGUAUAGGUCUGGACGAAAUGUGCCAUUGUCUGAAGGAGCAGGUGGUGAAAGCUGUGGUUCCCAGUGGGUACCUCGAUGAUGAAACCAUAUACCACCUGCAGCCCAGUGGCCGCUUUGUCAUUGGAGGACCGCAGGGUGACGCUGGUCUGACUGGGCGUAAGAUCAUUGUCGAUACUUACGGGGGCUGGGGUGCCCAUGGAGGUGGAGCUUUUUCUGGGAAGGACUACACAAAGGUAGAUCGCUCUGCUGCGUACGCUGCCCGCUGGGUGGCCAAAUCUCUGGUGAAAGCUGGGCUCUGCAAGCGUGUGAUGGUCCAGGUAUCCUAUGCUAUUGGAGUUGCCCAUCCACUCUCUGUCUCCAUCUUCCACUAUGGGACCUCCCAGAAGAGCGAGAAGGAGCUGCUGGAAAUUGUGAAGAAGAAUUUUGACCUCCGUCCGGGAGUUAUUGUGAGGGAUCUUGACCUGAAGAAGCCCAUCUACCAGCGCACAGCAGCUUAUGGUCACUUCGGUCGUGACGACUUUACAUGGGAGGUGCCCAAGAAGCUGAAAUACUGAAACCCCUCCUCUAAUCUAAGGUGUCCCACAGAUAAAUGUGUGUUUGUCUACAUCCCUCCUUCCUCCCUCUUCCUCCUCACAGGCAUAGCCAUGUCACCGCAGCCUCUGCUACAUGAGAAGACGUCCUUUCCCCACCUUUUUAGCACUGUACACAUCUCCAAGAGAAAAUAGUAUUACCGAUGCCAAGAUAUUAAAUUGAACAGACAUGUUGCUGUGUUCAGUCUUGCCAGCUUUUCUUCAUCUUUGUUUUGCUGGCUAACUUCCAUUUUUGUUUUUGUCUGAUUAAUGGUCAUCUAGUUUCCUGACAUUGCUAAUCAAGAGUGUCUCCAUAAAUCUGUAUUAGUGACAUUAUGUAUUUAAACCAUAUUUAUAGCAUAUUUCCAGAAGGGACAUGUGGGUAUUUACCAGUAAUGAUUGUGUUUUGUAAGAAAUAACUAGUAUUCCUCAGCUUUUAAAUUCAGAAUCUCACUGCAGGUUAAAAUGUGAUCAGUUGGCCUCAUCCGUUACUUUCUCUUUAAUGUAAUUUCCCAUUUCGCCUAACUAUGUUGGGUCAGUGUUGAUUCGCUUGACAAAAACAUCAACUCUGUUCCCCUAACUCUUCUCUAACCCUCUAUUUUUUUUUUAAAUUUGGAUGGCACAAAUGGGGUAAAACACUUGUUGUGUGCUUGACCCUUCAGUAUCUUCUCAUUCUUUUGUCUGCUGUCCCUUCAGGCCAUAUUUUCUGAUGUUUUACAGAGAAGUCAGAAGCUGCUAAUGUCAUUGUGGUUAUGUUGGGCUGCAUCUUGAAAUCACUCCUUUUUUGUAAUUUAUUUUAUUUUUUUUGGUUUAAAUGUCAUGUGAUUGUUCCAAAUGAUGAUGAAUGUGUCAAUGUGCUACUGACCAAGAUGAAGGCAAAGGUAAAGCACUCCUCCUUCCUGAGACUGACUCUGGGUGUAGCUACAGAGAAACCCUGGCUCAGUCGCCUCCAGGUAGGAGCUGCCUUUAUCCAAUGGCAACACCAUACUUGAAAUAAUUUAUAGAAUGGCAUUUGACUAUCGUGGGGCCUAACAGUUGGACCAGCAAGAAAUGAUGUGUGCCACAUGUUUUGGGGGGUUGUUUGUAUCUAAAAGUGUUUCACUUGCUUGCACAUGAUUUGGGUCCUUUAGUCUCACCUGCACAUGAUGUGAAAGGUGGACUGAUGUGAAAGAAGACAAAGAGCAGAGCCACAGACCAAGAAUGAGAGCUUAGUGAAUGUAGGACAUGGUAUUACUGCUCUUGUCUUUUCAGCAGUGUUAGUUUUGUACAAAUUAGAAUGUGGAAUCAUAUGUUACUUAAUUCUUGUGGAUUUUUGAGUCUUUCACUGGAGUUGGGCAGCACAAUGGUUCUGGGCCAGAGACCCUGGUCAAAUGACAAGUCCAAGACUUUGUGAAUACACUGUAUAUGCCUUUUGAAUGCUUCCCCAGUUGCCCUUCUCCUUCUCUGACUUUACUCCUGGAUGUGUAUCCUCCCAAUACAGUUGCAGAGUUAAGGCUAAGCCAGCGGUAAGCCUAAGUGCGAUUGGUAUUUACAUUAAAAACCACCGUAGUUGUUCCCUGCUCUGAGCUGAGUGCAGUUAGUGUGUCUAAAAAUGUCUUCAUUGUGUAGCUAGGUGGCACUGUGUCCCCAUAUAUAAUACUGUAAUUAAGAUUUUUAUUCUAUUCUGGUAACAGAGUCUUUAGUUUGGCUCAUCUGGCACCACCUUGUGGAUCCUUGGGUGUACUGCAGUGAAACCUCAGACAGGAGCCCUGGAGAUUAGUCUCCAUCAUCCAGUGAAAUGACUCAACCUCCCAAAGAUUUUUUACCAUGUGUUUGCGUCCUCUAGCUCAUCCACAGACGAGACAAAUGAUUGGUUGGUGUUGUACAGAGAAACCAGCCUGUUUACAUAGUCUCCUGUGGGGGAGUUGAACAGCAUUUUUUUCCUGUUAGAUCGGUUUUUAAAUGAUUGGAAGAGAGAGUCUGUUAGUGUAGUUGCUGAAUGUGUAAAAGUGCCUUUCUGAUUUUCUGCAAUGCUCCUAUCCGCUGACCCCAAAUAUCUGACUCCUUACCUAUUGACCCUGCUCCACCAAGUUUCUAGUAUCAAAAUAAUUCCCACUUCAAUAAGUAAUACUGAUGAUUUGUUGUUGAGUUUCUUUUUAAACCCUUCAAAUAAACUGUACUCUUCCUCGUG